AUGAGCGAUCUAGCAAACGCUGAUCGAAAGCGACGACGAUCGAAAGCGGAAUCGACCACUGGUUCCGCGAGUCGUAGCAGCAAACCACGCCAUUCCACGCUAAAGGAUUACUUUUCAAAUCAUGGUUCCGCAGCGUCACCGUUAUCCAGCGAUCGUGAAACAUCGUCGACGGCUCAUGCGUAUGAUGCUGAUCUAGCCAAAGCCAUUGCUCUCUCACUGCAGGCGGCGGAAGCGUCAGCAGCUGAAAAAGUAACACCUUCGUCCGAUAGCGAAUCCACGGAGCAUACAGAGAAGUCAAAUAGCAGCAAAGUAUGCCCCGUAUGCGCCAAAGUCCUUUCAGUGUCUGACAACGAAUUCGAAGUGCAUGUGAAUGAGUGUCUUGAUGACGAUCGCUCGUCUUCCAAUAACGAACGUGCAGAUUCGGAAUCGUCGGAUCGCGAGAAAAAAGAUCAAGCAUUGUCUUUCAACGGUGAGGAACCUACGGAAUCGGAAUCGUCCGAUCGAGAGAAAAAAGGCCAAGCGUCGUCGUGGACGCAGUUGUUUCAAGAUAUUCCACGAAAGAUCAGUGGCAUUUGGACGUCCAACGAAGAUGUGGCUCCCGGACUACGAGAACCGGCCUCUAGCACCGAUUGGUUUGGUGAAACCAAGAAACAGAGAGCAGCGAGAAAGGCAGCAGCGCAGACACAUCAUCUCCAAGAGUAUAAGAAGCGAGGAUGUCCGAUGUACAAACGGUUGCCAGGCACUUCGUUUGUUGUCGAUGCUUUUAGUUAUGGCGAAGUUCCUGGUUGCCAAGGCUAUUUUCUGUCGCAUUUCCACGGUGAUCAUUACACCUAUCUAUCGAAAGCAUGGAGACAUGGUCCCAUUUACGCCUCGCAGAUCACCAUCAAUUUGUGCCAUCGAAAGCUGGGCGUGGAUCCUGCUCUGCUGCAUCCGUUACCCAUGGACCAAGAAUGCAAACUCGAGGGAUCGGAUGUCACGGUAACGCUGAUUGAUGCCAACCACUGUCCGGGUUCUGUCCUAUUUUUAUUUAAAGUACCACAACCUCAUGGCAAAACACUACGCUAUUUGCACACGGGCGAUUUUAGAGCGAACCCACGGAUGUGUCUCCAUCCCAGCAUCAAACAACCCGAGAACCCCAUCAUUGAUAUCUUAUACCUCGACACUACCUAUCUCAAUCCAAAAUACGCCUUUCCCGCUCAGGAAGAAUCCGUGGCAGCGGCGUGCAAACUCGUACGCCAAUACGCCGGCAUGGAAGAAAUGGACGAUGGACAAAAUCGGAUCGAGAAAUGGUUCCAAAAGAAACUGACAGCAGUAACUGCGGAUGAGGAAAGUACACUGGUGACUGAAACAACCACCACCCUCACCACAACCUCGUCCGAGGCCGCGGAAACUCCCGAGAAGCGAUUACUGGUCGUCGUGGGAACCUACUCUAUCGGCAAAGAAAAGAUGUUUUAUAAUAUUGCCAAGACACUAAAUAGCAAAGUAUUUGUUACCGAUAAGAAAAAAUACAUCAUUGACUGCUUGGAUAACCCUGAGCUGUCAUCCAUGCUGACGGACGAUCCACGAUCUGCCCAAGUGCAUGUUAUUCCCUUGCAACAUAUCCAACCCGAGAACCUCUCUGCCUACUUUCACAGCCUGCAACCGUGUUUUACGGAAAUGAUUGCUUUUCGCCCUACAGGAUGGACCUUUAGUUCAUCCGCCAGUCGGUCACGAACUAUGACUAUUGCGAGCUUGGCUGAAAUCACGGCUCCCCCUUCGGCUGUGUCGGUUUCAUUGAAACCGUCGUAUUCCAGCCUACAUAUCAAGAUUUUUGGCGUACCGUAUUCCGAGCAUUCGAGUUUCCGUGAAUUGGCGGCUUUUAUCGCCAGUUUGGAUAUCCAUCGAAUCGUUCCCACCGUCAAUGUCGGAAGCGAACAAAGUCGAGAGAAAAUGGGCGCCUUUUUCAAAAAGUGGCAAGAAGAAAAAAAGAAGAACGGCAAAAUAGAAAUCGUUCCUUAUCCAUCCAUCGAUCAUUGGUAA